UGCGUCUGGCGGGAGGCGGUCAUGAAGUCGCAAACGUUUGGUCUGAGACCAGAUAAAAGAUCGCGCUGCUCACCUGGACGUCAGUCACCGCUGUUCAUUCGGCCGAGUAGGCUGUCCUAGCUCGCCAGGUGAACGAAGUGUCAGCGCUUCAGAACGCGCUAAAAUUCCCACAGAUUUUGUUAAAAGCAGAGAUCCAUCAACUUUCCAGGGAAGUCGAUUAGUCAGUCAACCUCCACGCUUAAAGAACACUCCACUAAAUUCUACGAAGUCUUAGCAUAAAAAGAAAAAAAAGAAGUAAAGGAUACACGAAGAAGAAAAGGAGAGAGACAAGAAGACACGAGAGAGAAAAAAAUAGCAGGCACGGAAAAGAACUAAAAGAAAAAAAAAAAAAAAAGGAAAAAAAACAAGAGACAAGUAGAAAAAUAGAAACGGACACAAAUACACGAGCGAGAAAAGAGAGACAGACACGCCGAGAUGGAAGUGGCGCACCUCCAGUUCCUGUUCAUGGGCUGCAUCUUCCUCGUGACCACGGCGGUGGGCCUGGCGCCGGCCCUCCUCAAGGGCACGCUCUCCAAACGCCUCAAGGUCCACGCUCUCCUCACGCAGCGCCUCCUCUCCUGCGCGUCCUGCUUCGGCGCCGGCGUGUUCCUCUUCGUCUGCUUCAUGGGGCUCCUUCCCGCCGCCGACAAGAAGUUCCACCAUUUCUUGGAGGAGCUGGGCCACACGCACGAAUGGGAAACCUUCGCCGAAUUCCCUUGGGGUUUCUUCGUCGUCAUCUGUGGCUUCCUCGUCAUCUUCACCAUCGACAAGCUGGUACACGCCAUGGAACACGCGAAGCAGGCGUCAGGAGGUACCAGCUCUCACAUCCUCCUUCAGAAGCCUUCGUCAGAGGACUUUUCCUCCCACUGCGAGGACCCCGAGACCACUGACUCCUCAUCCGAUUGUCAUAACUGCCACGAGCUGGAAGGCGGUCACGAUGUCCCCUCCUCCGUGAUCUUCCUGGUGGCCCUCGGGAUGCACUCGGUCUUCGAGGGAAUCGCCGUCGGCCUCCAGACGGAGAAAGACAAAGUCCUCGAGUUUUCUGUUGCCGUUUUGGUCCACGAGACUGUCAUGGCGUUCACCUUUGGGAUGGAGGUGAGCAAGAGCCAGGUGCUGAGCAGGUGGAGCAAAGCCUUCUACGUGUUAGUCUUCACGUCGACGAUCCCGGUGGGCAUAGCCACGGGGGUAGGCCUGCAGAACGCGCCCUCGGAGAACAGGGAGAUCGUAUCCGCUGUGCUGGAGGCCUUUGCGACAGGGAUCUUCAUCCACGUGAUCUUCGUGGAGAUUCUGGCCAAGGAGUUCCCGAGCCACCGCCACGCCCACGCCCACCCUCAGGAGAAGAGCGUGGAUGACGACUCGAUGGUCGUGCCCUCGACUCCCUCAGAAACGUGCAUGAUGCUGGAGAAAAUCGCGUCCAUCUGCUGCGGAAUGAUGACGCUCAUCUUGCUGAACGUGUUCAUGCACGGCCAUCAUCACUAGCGUUUGCCGGGGCAGGGGAGCAUAAAGGUGAACGUGACGGGGAAAGUGAUCAUGGAGGGAACGUGAAGGCGACGUGAAGGCGACGUACAUCCUGGGGGUGAAAGGAAAGGUUAGCGUGGAAGUGAACGUGAAGAAGAACAUUAAAGUGGAGGUGAAGAAAAUUUGAAAAAAAAGUGAAGGUGAGGAGGUGAGUGAAGCUCAAAAGUGAAAGUGAAACUGACGGUGAACGCGAAGUGAAAGGAAGGUGAACGUGCGAAGCCCCUGUCCAGCCUUUCGUUUUGGUUCCGUGAAAAUUACUAUUUUUCCCAAAACGAUAAAAAAAAAAAAAAAAAAAAAAAACGAUCAAAGAGAAAGAAUUAGGAGGAUUUGGGCAGAAGUUGCUCUGGCCUCUAGAUAAUCAUUGACGUCAUCAGGGUUUUUAGAACCCCGGCUUAAGGCUUACGGAGCCUUGGUUCUGGACUUGGGAAACCGCGAUCGAGGGCUGCUGGGGCUCUGGUUUCAGACUCAUGUAACCCAGGCUUCAGGCUGAUGAAACCCCGGCUUAAGACUAGUAGAAGUGCCAAGUGGAACCUCGCUAUUAGGAUAGUGGAACCCUGCUUAUGGCUAGUGGAACUUCGGUUCCAGUCCUGUGAAGCCUAGGUUUCAGGCAACUGAAAGCCUAGCUUGAGGCUAGCAGAACCUCAGUCUGGCUUAGGUUUAGUUGAACCCCUUGAAGAGAAAAGAGGAACAGUUUUAACAGCUGGUCCUUUCCUUGUUGUGUAGGCCUAGAUUGUGGAUAUUUGGAGGUCGAAUAGUUACUUUUAAACACUUUUUUUCAGAGCCGAGUGGUUGCGUACGUGUGCCAGUUUCACGGCAUUUAUUUUACCGCUAAAUGCAAAUUUAAUACUAAAAGGCAGUUCUAGAUAUGGGCCGCUAAAAAAAUGGCAAUAAAAAUGCAUAUGAACUAAAUAUAAAAACAAAAAAGUAAAUAAAAAAGAUCUGUGUAUUCGUAUUAUUAGUAUUGUUUCAGAAUGCAUAAAUAGGUUAACCACAGACGAUGUAACAGAUUGCUCAAUGUUUUACUUUUUUUUUCUUUUUUUUCUGUUUUUUGCUGGUCGAUUUAUGCUAACACGACAUACAUUCCAUAAUUUACCGAAUGAUUUGCAAGUUCGCUGCAACUUAAGGUCGAUUCACACUAAGUUUUGCCCCUUUUUUUUUAUUCAUAUAUAUAUAUUUUUUUUUUUUUUUUUUUUUUUUUUUUUGGGGGGGGGGUCACUCGUAAAUACUUGGUAAGUGUAUUUGUGUACUUUUCAGUGAUAGACAAUUUAAGGUAAACUGUAUUUGCUGUUGGUUUUAUCCCUAAAAUACUCAUCAUAUGUAUUUGCAUUUCAGUGAAAACGCAUUAUGUAAAUGUUAUUUUGUAUCUCGUUUUUUCCCACAUUUCCUUUUUUUGUGUUUUUUUAAAUUCAUUUUGGUAGAGAUAUUAUAGGUAUAGGUUAUGUCAUCUUUCUAUAUUUCACGUAAAUAUUAUUCGUGUCUGCUACGAAUGUUGUACUUUUUUUUCGUAAAUUUCCCGAAAAACGUAUUAGAUUCCUUGUCUCUGUCGAGUAGGGUGAGCUACAGCAUAUUUCACAAUUGUUAGUCUUAUGACUGAUAAGAAGUAUUGAAGAAAUGAAAACAUGACAAUUCUAGAUUAUGUUGUACCGGUAAAUACGUAUUUUCUCAUUUCUCUUCUAAGUUUUGUCCAUUUCAUCUUCUGUUCGUGUGAAAAAAGAUCUUCAAGUUCAGUUUCCAAGACGGAGAUAUUAGAAAAUGAACAAUAUCACUGCCAAGGUGACUAAAAUGUAUAUAUAGCUAUAGGAGAUUUGCGACAUGUAAAAAAAAACCGUCUAGUGUGAAUCGGCCAUUAUUUCAACUUCUUUUUUGAUAUACAAAUUAUGAAGAAAAAAUAAAAAUUAAUGUUAUUCUUUUUACUUUCUUAGUUUCGUAAAAUCUUGACUGUUUUCUUAUAGUUACUAGUCAUUAUUACUAUAGCGCGUCCAAUCUCAGGAAAAGGAUAACUGGCAACUCAACUCCGGACCGAAAGACUCCGAUUAACUUCAUACUUUUGUUUAAAUAUACCUGAGAUGCUUAAAAUUUAUAUACAAUAUAUUUUUAAAUUGUUUUACACGACUUUUUUUUUGUUUUUGUUUUUCGAGAAAUUUAGUGAAUCGAAGUAAUACUAAGUUUAGUGUGAGUUGCCGGUUUUUCGUUUUUUGAGAUUGGACGCGCUAAAGUAUUAGUAAAGCCUGAAAGUAAAGUCAUCAUAUAUGUAUAUAUUAGAAUUCAGUAGAUAUUCUCUCUAUAUUCUCUCUAUAUUUAUCUAUCUAUCCCCCCCCCCUCUCUCUCUCUCUCUCUCUCUCUCUCUCUCUCUCUCUCUCUCUCUCUCUCUCUCUCUCUCUCUCUCUCUCUCUCUCCCUCUUCCCCUCUCCUCUCUAUUUUUAUCUCAUCUUCUGAUGUAUUAUUCCCAAGGUUGUAUUUCGAGAUACAACAAUAAUCUAAAAAUGUGAGUAUUAUAUGAGUGCCCAUUUGUACCCAUGUAUCUAUGUUUUUUUUAUUUGUUUUAUUCUGUUGUUUUUUAUGUAUAAUGAAUGGACUUUCGAAAGAAAAAGUUUUUAUUUCAUUUUGAAUCCUUGUGUUGUGGGAUAGUUAACCCGCUGAUCUUAAUACCAUUGCUUCUAUUCACUGUGUGAACAGACGAAUUAAGGGGAUAUGUAAAUUCAGACAUGUGUAAAAUACAUGCACACACACGCACACACACACACAUACAUAUGUGCGUGUUUGUUCUACAUGCGUGUAUUUAAGCGUAUGUAAAAAAUAUAUAUAACUUAUAGAGAU